AUGACUGCAAUUAUGGCUGAUGGACAAGUUACAAAGGUUGAUUCUAUAAAAGUGCAGUGUGAGAACGAUCUUUUUGGGUACGAGAAUUACACGUACUUAAUUUGGGAUGAUUUUGAAGCAGUUCUUACAUUGGAUGAGCUGACCGAUGCUGUCGUUGUGUUUUAUGUGAUGGUGUUGUUUACCAAAAUCAAGUAUGGCCUGCCAGAAAGAGAUCAUGUAAUUUUCUUUGUGAACUCGGCUGUAAUCUCGCCAAGUACGUGUAAAGGGAAAUCUAAGAAUAUUUAUGAUGCAAGUAGAGGUGUUGCAGAUCGGUUGUCUACUAGAAAGAGCAAUGACAUCACCCUAUUGCCCUACAAUCCCAGAAGACAUUGGGUGUUGGGUGUACUAUACAUGAAAUCGGAUACUUGCUAUUAUCUUGAUUCCUUGAGUUCUGGCAAUUUCGAUAUGUAG